ACGGUUGCUGUAGUUGUUGCGUAGAACGUAGCGAGUAAUUUGUGGGGUUGUAAUCGAAUUUUCUUUUUUGUUGUUUUAAGAUACAAGCAAAAUAUAUUUGUCAUGGCUUUUUCUUUGGACGACCUUAAUAAAGCCCAUGAGCGCUGGGAAUCGGAUGCUCCAGCUUUGUCUACCUGCAGUAAUGCAGAUCUGUUCCGUAGAAUGAACACCAUGCUGGGGAACUCUCUGGACUUUACUGGGGUGUGCACUACACCACUCAACAAGGGAAGACGUGAUAAUUUGCCUGAUUUGCAGGACGCGGACACGGCCGUCGGAAGCAGGAUGCUUUUCCCCAACACUGCGCAGGAAUCUCCUCGGGUCCUCCCAGAUGUCAAUGACCUGAAUUUAGGCCUGCAGUCCCUGAGCCUGUCAGGGUGGGACCGGCCGUGGAGCAGCCAGGAUUUAGACAGUUCAAACCAGACCAGCACGCCAUCCAGGUUUUCUUCCCCACCCCCUCCAGUGUUGAGUAUGCUCAGCAGCCCUCUCGGCAAACUGGGCAAACCCAUGGGCUUCCCGUCCCUGGAUCCCAUUGGCUCUGACUUCCUGGACAAGUUUCCUGGUUUGGCCCCCCGGAACACCCGCCUGGAAUCCCGCUCCCUGCUUGACUCGCGAUCCAGCAGCCCUGUCGACUCCGAAACCAGUGGCUUCAGCUCCAGCUCUGACCACCUCCAUGACUUGCUUUCUACACUCCGGAUCUCCCCUCCCCUGCCAUUCCUAAUGAGCAACUUGCAAAGGGAUGCUCUGAAAAUGGGGCUGGGAUCUCGCCUGGACCAAGACAACUCCUCCCUGGGAGCCAUCUCGUCCCCCAGCAGCCUCUCCAAGAGAUGGCCCGGGACCUCUGUAUGGCCAAACUGGGACCUCCUGGAGUCUCAGGAUGAUCCGUUCAGCAUUGAGAGGGAGGCCAGACUACACAGGCAGGCUGCAGCUGUGAACGAAGCCACCUUCACCUGGAGCGGACAGCUGCCUCCCAGGAACUAUAAGAACCCACUUUAUUCCUGCAAGGUAUUCCUUGGUGGAGUGCCUUGGGAUAUCACUGAGGCUGGAUUGAUCAACACAUUCCGUGUGUUUGGUCCCCUGAGUGUGGAGUGGCCUGGUAAGGAUGGCAAGCACCCUCGCUGCCCUCCCAAAGGUAAUAUGCCUAAAGGCUAUGUGUACCUGGUGUUUGAGUUGGAGAAGUCUGUGCGAGCCCUGCUCCAGGCCUGCACCCAGGACUUGCUGAACCCAGAUGACUUGAGCGAGUACUACUUCAAGAUGUCCAGCCGCAGGAUGCGUUGCAAGGAUGUGCAGGUGAUUCCCUGGGUGAUCUCGGACAGUAACUUUGUGCGCUGCCCCUCCCAGCGCCUGGAUCCCAGCAAGACUGUGUUCGUCGGCGCUCUGCACGGGAUGCUCAAUGCUGAGGCUCUGGCCAGCAUCAUGAACGACCUCUUUGGAGGAGUGAUGUAUGCUGGCAUUGAUACAGACAAGCACAAAUAUCCAAUUGGUUCUGGACGUGUUACUUUCAACAACCAGCGCAGCUACCUGAAGGCAGUUAGUGCAGCUUUUGUGGAAAUCAAAACUCCAAAGUUCACUAAAAAGGUUCAAAUUGAUCCGUAUCUUGAAGAUUCAAUGUGCCAAGUCUGCAAUCGCCAGCCUGGACCUUUCUUCUGCAGAGAUCAGGCAUGCUUCAAGUACUACUGUCGUUCUUGCUGGCACUGGCAGCACUCGAUGGAUAUCCUGAGAAACCAUCGCCCACUGAUGCGCAAUCAGAAGAGCCGUGAUUCCACUUAAAUGGCAGAGCCAGCGACCUGCAGCCGCUCUGCAUAACCUGCUGAGAGAGAAGAGCCUGUGCUGGUUCUCCGACUUUUUUGGGAACAGCACUUCAAUGAUGACUUAGAAAUAAGAAAUCUUUAAACAACAAAAGUUCACUAUUGCACUUGCUAUUUUUUGUUUCUGUUCUCGUUCACGAUCUCACUAUGCACACGUGUUGGGUGACGGGCUCGCCAUUAUGCAGUUCCCAGACUCGUCACUGUUUGGAGAGAAAUAAGGCCAGGGUUUAGAAGGUGUUGAUGCAAAUGCCUUCUCCUUGAUUGAUUAUUUUUAAAGAGCUUUUUUUUUUUUCCCAUACCUUGCAUAUAGAAGUAAAUAAUGCAAGUCGCAUUGCCUUUCAUGUUGGCAGUUGCCAUACAGUGCCUUUAAAUUUAUUUCCUCCCUAUCUGAGCUGCAUGCUCUUCUGUGCAGUCAGCUUUUUUUUUUUUUUUUUACUUCAGAAGAUGAGUUGGGCUUCAUUUAACCAGUCGCAUUUCAGAUUUUUACGCAGUGUUUUUUACAAAUUCUUUUUACACAACGGUUUUAAGUCGUGACAACAUGGGGGAAUUUAAGAGUAAAUCUACCUGGCGGCUUUUAACUUUUUUCUUUCCUUUUUUUUUUUUUUUUUGUGCGUCCUGGGGGCUGUUGGUAGAGUAUCAGUUUUUUUUGCAACCAAACAAAAUGGGAGGGAAAAUUUGGAUUUACGGAUUUGAAACUGGACCGGAUAACGACCUUUGAGAUGUGUAUAUAGUUUUAAAAAAAACAACUUUGUUCACUUUUUAAUUUGCACUUCAGAAAGAGGUAGAUGGUAGUUUUUAAUCACAAUUUUUUUUUUUUACUGUAAUGGUGCAGAGAGGCAGUGUUGUCAGGGAGGGGGACCUUCCUUUUUGAGAUGUUGCUUGUUGACCUAUAGAUAACUCUGCAGCUUUCUGACAUGCUGCUAGGACCGAUAACUGACCUAAUGCAUUCUUUUUAGUUUGAUCUGAAAAUGUGUGCCAAAGAACCAGUGUCCUUUUAUUUUCCAUUUUGUUUCUGCUGAGCUUGUUGCUGUGUUGCCUAGCCCAGCUGCUUUUUAGAGUGUUCUAAAGGUCUCUACCUCAUUGUGGUCUGCAGCUAUCACUGCAGUUACCUACAGAUGUGGAGCAAGGUGUUCUACUGAUGGGUACAAAUAAAGGUGUUGAAGCAUUA